AUGACAGAACCAAAGCUCGUCCAUAGAGAUGAGGAUGCAUCAGAUGAUGAGAGCGCCGUAGGAGAGCACGAUGAGGCUGCCUUGCCAAUGACCCAAGAAGAACGGGAGGAAAUUGCCAAAAAGGAGAACCGCGCCGUGGCUUGUUUUCGCCUGAUUGUGCUCUUGGUGUUGGCCGUGUCGUGUGCUCUGGUCACAUUCGGUGUGCAUUAUUACAUGACGGACAAUGAGACUAGUGAGUUCGAAGAUCAGUUUCACAGCGACGCCAACAAGGCGGCCAAGCUGCUCCGACUGUCCAAGGGGUAUCAGGUUGGUGUGAGCCAAAAUGUCCUGCCAGAUCAAAAGGACGAUUGGGAAGCCUACGCUGUGGCGAAUCUGGAUUGGAUCCAUCAAGCGUUUGAUGUCAUGGAAGAUGACGAAGAUUGGAAACAUCCUGUCAACCGAGAGUUUCAGACAAUGCCCAUCUUUGGCUUUAACGGGCCUGUUGCCGAGCCGGCAUCCUGGAGUGCCCCGAAUGGAACGGGUGCUUAUGGUCCUUCCUGGACGCAGUAUCCUGUGGUCCCCGAGUCAUUCUUUGGCUUUCCCUACAAUUUUGAUGGUUGGCAGGUCCCAUCGGUAGCCGAGACUUGUCGCAACGCUUACGAAAACAAAAAGGUCACACUCUCUUCCCAAUGGACAGGUAUCAUCACCGAUCCUGAUGAUCCGGUGCAAGUUCAGACGGUCGAGGCAUUCUGGGCGUUUGCUCGUCUGUUUGUACCGCAUGGCUACAUUGUCGAGGAGCCCGCAGGAUUGGCCAUCAUCCCCAUGUAUGACACUCUGGAAAGCAUUCGAGUCGACACCACGCAAGACUUGGAACCCGUUGCCUACAUGACAUUUUCAUUCUUUAUCAAGGAACUACUCAAGGACAUUCUACCAGAAUCAUCCAGAAGACUCCACGUUGUCAUUGAUUCUGCUUGCGGAGUCAAUCAUACAGUCACCUAUCAACUGGACGGAAGAGAAACGACAUUCCUGGGAGCAGCCGACCUGCACGAGUCGCAGUACAAUCAUCUCGAGUACAAAGCAACCUUUGGACAAAUGAUGGAUAUCACUCAGUCAGGAAGGGCCAGCUCUCAUUACACGGGCCUCCCUUUGGACGACACUUUUUGUACUAAAAGCUUUCGAAUCUAUCCCUCUCAAAUCAUGGAACAAGAGUAUAGGUCAUCCACGCCUGUGACCACUGCCAUUAUUGCCGCAGGUGUCUUUGUCUUCACCACAGUUGUCUUUCUCAUUUACGACUUUACGGUGGCUCGGAGACAAAAGAUUGUUCUGGGAAGGGCAUUGGCCUCGGGAGCAAUCGUCAAUUCACUCUUUCCGGAAAAGGUCCGUCAACAACUCUACGAAGAACGACAGGCUGAACAAGCCCAAAUCAAGAGUACCAACGAGUUUCGUAGUUCCAAUGUGAGCCGAACAAUCGAUGGAGUUGCCGACGCGGCAGCGAGCCGACCCAUUGCACACUUGUACGACAACACCACGAUAUUCUUUGCUGACAUUGUUGGGUUUACCCGUUGGAGCUCCACACGUAGUCCUGUGGAAGUGUUUGAGCUGCUGGAAACACUUUAUGGGGCAUUUGAUGUGGUCGCCAAGAGAAGGAACAUCUACAAGGUCGAAACCAUUGGGGACUGUUAUGUAGCUGCUGCCGGUCUUCCCGAAGAGCAAGAGGAUCAUGCUGUUCGGAUGAUAAAGUUUGCUCGUGACUGUCGCUUGGUCAUGUCACAGAAACUGGACCAGCUCGUUGACACUUUGGGAGCUGAUACAGCCGAUCUUGGAAUGAGAGUUGGUUGUCACAGUGGAUCCACCACUGCAGGGGUGCUGCGUGGUGAACGGGGGAGGUAUCAGCUUUUUGGAGAUACAGUCAAUACAGCGGCUCGCAUGGAGAGCAAUGGUGUGCCAGGGAAGAUCCAUGUCUCAAUGGCCACCUUUCAGGCUUUGAAAGCAGAAGGCAAGGGUCAUUGGUGCGUCCCUCGCCCCGACAAGAUUCAUGCAAAAGGCAAAGGGGAGAUGCAGACAUACUUUGUUGAGCUCAGUCAAAUCAGCCAGAGUGCAACCAGGUCUGCCAUGCAAACGUCAGUAGCUGAAUCCAGGGACGUUGCCAAUGACGAUCUGGCUGAAAUUGCAGAAGAGCAGUUUGAAGAAGAACCAGAGGACUUAAGCCAAGGAAACAUCAGCGUGUGA